AUGGCUUUGAAUCCCCUGCAAAUUUCUGGACUGGUUCUUGGAUUCCUUGGCUUAGUUGGGACUCUUGGUACAACUCUUCUGCCUCAGUGGAGGGUGUCUGCCUUCAUUGGGAGCAAUAUUGUGAUAUUCGAAAGGAUCUGGGAAGGACUCUGGAUGAAUUGUAUCCAACAAGUAAAUGUUAGAUGGCAGUGCAAAUACUAUAGUUCUAUUUUGGCUCUCCCACCUGCCUUGGAAGCAGCACGAGCACUGAUGUGUGUGGCAGUUGCCUUAUCCUUGAUUGCCUUGUUGGUUGGUAUCUGCAGCAUGAAGCAAGUCCAAUGUACUGGCUCUGAAGAACAUGUCAAAGCUUACUUUUUGGGAGCAUCUGGAGUCCUUUUCAUUCUAACAGGUAUCAUCAUUCUUAUUCCUGUGUCUUGGACAGCCAAUAUCAUCAUCAGGGACUUCUACAACCCAACCAUCCAUGUAGGACAGAAACGGGAACUGGGAGCUGCACUCUUCCUUGGCUGGACAAGUUCAGCAGUUCUCCUUAUUGGAGGGGCUCUUCUUUGUAGUGUUUGUUUUUGCAAAAGAAGAAUGAGGAGGCACAGAUGUUCAUCAUCAAGACACCGAGUGCACUACAAACCUCAGCACCAAAAUAUGACGGCAAGUAAGACCUCUAUCAGUUAUGUCUAG